AUGAAAGCGCCGCCUCAGAAACGGGCGCUGUUUCUGCAAACUCUCGCUUGCCGUUUCGGAAUACCUAUUACCAGUGCAUCGUAUUUUGCCACCAUGACGCUUGACCAAGUUAGGCAUGUGUUUCGCUCUGACACAGAAGUGCCCAUACCUUUGAUUGAAGAAAGACAUCAGGUGCUGAAUGAAAGUGGAACAGUUCUUUUAGAGAAGUUUGGAGGCUCUUUCCUCACCUGUGUUAAAAUGAGUGAGAAAAAUGCUCAGAAACUACUACAUCUAAUACUGGAAAAUUUUCCUUCUUACAGAGAUGAAGCUGUAUUUGAGAAAAAAAAGGUGUCUUUCUACAAACGGGCACAAAUACUUGUGGCUGAUACAUGGAGUGUAUUAGAAGGCAAAGGAGAUGGCUCUUUUGAUGAUAUUUCUACUCUGACUAUAUUUGCUGACUACAGAAUUCCUCAAGUUCUUGUUCACUUAAAAGCCAUGAAGUAUUCUGAAGAACUGAUGAAGAAACUACGUGAAGGAACAGUUUUCCAGUCUGGAGAUAAAGAGGAGGUGGAGAUCCGUGGCUGUUCUAUUUGGUGUUGUGCGUUGAUUUGCAAGCACCUGCUGGAGCUCUAUGAGAAGAAGGGUCAGGACAUGCGUGAAAAGAUCAAUGCGGUUUUACUCGAUUAUUAUCUUUGGGACUAUGCCAGGGAUCACAGGGAAGAGAUGAAAGAUACUCCGUUUCACCGAGUACGGUGUAUAUAUUACUAAGGCCAG